AUGCCACGACUACACGCUUUUCUCGGCUCAGAAUUCAUUGCUUCUGGUGCAAGCACUGAAUUUGGUGGAUUCAUUAGAAAGAUUACGGAAUCUAAAAGCAAAGCUGAAGAGCAUUCCCAUGUUCAGCAUGAACUUAAGCUCUUGGCUGCCAAGAUGAGUCAUCCUGAUGUCUCAUCAGCCAAAAUGAAAGACUAUUUGAUUUGUCUUGUCCAUUGUGCUAUGCUGGGAUAUUCCGUAGAAUUUGGAGUUAUUUAUGCCAUCAUGACUACUCAAAGUGGCGAGACUUUAGGACAGAGACGUACAGGUUAUUUAGCUUGUGCACUGUUUCUUGAGCACGAUCCUUCACUUGGAAUAAUGUUGAUAAAUACAUUACAACGAGACCUCAAAAGCCAGCAAUAUCUUGAUCGAUGUGCCGCAUUAAAUGCCAUUGGAUAUUUGCAAUUACCUGAGAUGGAAGAUAAUCUUUUACAAGCUACAGUAGCAUGUCUUGCCUAUCCAAAGCAAAUAGUAAGGAAAAAAGCAUUGUUGGCUUUGCUGUGCUUUUACCAACGAUCUCCUCAACUACUGAGUCAAAUCGAUGGAUACCUAAAAGAAGCAUUGGAAGACAAGGAUCCAAGUGUUGUAUUUGCAGCCCUAUCAGUGUGGAAGGUCAUUUUGAAGAAUCGUGCAAGUGAGUACACAGAUGUGCUGCCCACGUUUUAUCGGAUCUUUCGACAAAUAUUGGAGAACAGACUUCAUCGUUCAUUUAUCUACCACGGAGUAUUGGCACCUUGGGCCCAGAUUCACUUGCUAGACAUCAUCCAAUCUUAUUACAAGGCAAAUGCUGGGUCAAUUGAGGAAAUAAAUGCCAUUGUAAUGAAUUGCUUGAGCAAUGCGGAAAGAAGAGUAGAUGCUGCCUACGCGAUUAUCUUGUCUUGCACCCGAGUUCUUGGUACAACAGAAAGAAAUAACGAGAUCCAACAAUUGUCGCGUGUUAUUGAUAGGUUUCUCGAGGCUGGGAAUCACAAUAUGAAGUAUCUCGGUCUCUUGUGCCUUGAAGCUCUUGACAAGAGUGUGUGGACCCAGGAAUGGUUAAACGGAGGUGUGGUGGCAAACAAUCUCCUGGUCGGUGUCGAAGAUGACACACUUGUAUUCAAGAGCUUGGAUAUAUUGAAUGCAAUUGCAAAUCAGGACUCGCUCCAACGAAUCCAAAACAAAAUUAAAAAUGCAUUGGAAACACAGGCACCUAAACACAUCCGAGAGCGGAUUGCCUAUUGCACAAAAAUAGACAUUUUGGCAGCAACACAAACAGACCUGGAUACUGCAGUAGUAGAGUCCCACUGCAAAGCAAUCAAGAAAGCCAUGGAAACCGACACUGAACCAUUUUCUAUACUUGAACACGGUGUGCAUAGCUUGUUUGGGAUAAUAAAAAGAUCCCCAAGUACACCUUUAGCUUUGUGUCUUGUUCAACUGGCAUGCGAGAUGAUAGGGGAGUACGCAUACGCGGAUCAUUCCUUUAAUGACAUAACAGCUAUGAAACACAUGCAGAAAUGGAUAGGGUUUAUCAAAGGUAGUACUGCAAUUAUUAUUAACACUACAGAUGCUACUGCUACUGCUACUGCUACUGUUGCUGUUGCUAUUGCUGAGACUAGAAGUAUCACCAAUACUCGAAAAACAAGAGAUUUGCUAGGAUUUAUUGAAGAUGAUACAUUUAAGAGAUCUGUUGAAGAGGUUUAUCCAACAUCCUCCCAGCCGACAAUUAAGAUUUCGGCUAACCCUAAUAGACCGUCUUUGAGUCGGUUUGAGGACCCUGAAAUUCGUGGUACGGCUUCAAAUCUGACCGAUAUCAAGUACCAGCAGUCAGCCUUGCCCCAGAAGACUGCUCAGGCUGUUAAACCUCGGAAGCAGGUGCAACCACAGGCACAAUUAAAAUCACAAUCGGCAAAAGGUUUCGAGUCUUCGUUUGAUCGUAUACCAAAGAGAGACAAGACCCACUCUAGCACUUUGAGUUCAUUUGUACCAGCAGCUGGUUAUCAACAAUUUCCACUACAAAUCAAAGAGAAUUCAAUGAUAGCCAGUCUUUUGGCUCUUGAACUAGCUGACGAUGAUGAUACCGAUGCUAAUGAAGAAGAAGAGAAAGACAGAUAUGAUGAUUAUAAUUAUGAAGAAGAAAAAGAAACCAAGGGUAAAAAUUCGAUUUCUACAGAGGAAUUUGGAGCAGCUUGGGUGGAAUACGAGUUUGAAGAAAAGAGGGACAUCGAUUGUGGCUUGAGCAAGGAGGGUCAGUUUGAAGGCCUUUGUGAAGAAUUGGAUUUGGAAAAGGUAGAAUUGAUUGGCAACGAAUUGAUUGCCUCGGAUGGUUUGGGCGGGCCGGUUUUGGUGCAUGUGGCGAUGGAACCUAAAGGGAUUGUACAAAUAACUGCCCGUGCGCCUUCUGCACUUGAUCUCAGUUUGUUUAUGCGACGCUACAUUGGACAAAACUCAAUAACUUAA